AUGGAGUUCGAGAAGAAUAAGAAUUUGAAUCAAGUCAGGCGGCUCGUCAACCGCGCCGCGUACGAUUACGAGACUGUCAACCAGCUGUUGGACUCCGCAAUUCUUGGCCAUGUCGGAUUUGCUGUUGAUGGUCAACCCUUUGUCAUCCCCAUGCUCUACGCUAGACAUGAAGAAUCUAUCUAUCUUCAUGGAUAUGUCUCUGCCCGUAUUGCAAAAGUCCUAGCUACCGGUUGCCCAGUGACAAUGUCUGUAGCUCACGUAGAUGGACUAGUUGUAUCAAAGUCGCCAUUUCACAACAGUGUGAAUUAUCGGCAAGUAUCAGCUUUUGUCGUUUUCGGUACAGGAAAACUAGUUGACGAUGAAGAUGAGAAGUUGGAAGCACUCCGAAUUAUCACUGAGGGCUUGUUGAAGGAUAAUUGGGGUGAUGGUAGACUACCAUCGAAAACUGAAAUAAAGUCGACAUCAGUUAUUCGGGUUGAUAUAGAGUCAGCGUCAACCAAAGACAUUGAAGAUCCAGAAAACAAACACGUUUGGACUGGAGUGGUUCCAAUAGCAUCGGUAGUGGGAGAACCAAUACCAUCCGAGUAUAACACUGCACCCAGCGCGCCAGAAUACAUUACCAGGCUAGUGGGAGGACCUGGUAAAUGA